GAGGACAUGGGACCGUGAAAGUAUGGCGGAUGCCGAGGAGCCGGAGAAGAAAAGAAGGCGAAUAGAGGACCUGACUGAGAAAAUGGCUGUAGAUGGCGGACACAUGGAGGGAGACUGGGAUGGUCGGUGGAAUCAUGUGAAGAAGUUUUUGGAGAGACCUGGACCCUUCACCCAUCCUGACUUCGAACCAAGCACUGAGUCUCUACAAUUCCUGUUGGAGACAUGCAAGAUUCUGGUCAUCGGUGCGGGAGGACUCGGAUGUGAACUCCUCAAAAAUCUGGCCCUUUCUGGGUUUCGCCUUAUUCAUGUGGUUGAUAUGGACACUAUUGACGUGUCCAACCUUAACAGGCAGUUUCUAUUCAGGCCCAAAGAUGUCGGACGACCAAAGGCAGAAGUAGCUGCCGACUUUAUCAACAAUCGCAUCCCUGGAUGUAAAGUUGUCCCUCACUUUAAAAAGAUCCAAGACUUUGAUGAGUCUUUCUACAGGCAAUUUCACAUCAUCGUGUGUGGACUCGACUCCAUCAUUGCCAGACGUUGGAUGAACGGCAUGUUGAUAUCCCUCCUGAGCUAUGAAGAUGGAGUCUUGGAUCCCAGUUCCAUCAUCCCGCUCAUCGAUGGAGGGACAGAGGGCUUCAAAGGAAACGCUCGUGUCAUUCUGCCCGGGAUGACAGCAUGCAUCGACUGCACGCUAGAGCUCUACCCGCCGCAGAUUAACUUCCCCAUGUGCACCAUUGCGUCCAUGCCAAGGUUACCAGAACAUUGCAUUGAAUAUGCACGAAUCUUACAGUGGCCCAAAGAAAAGCCAUUCGGAGAAACCUGCUUAGACGGAGACAAUCCAGAGCACAUUCAGUGGGUGUUUGACAGAUCCCAAGAACGAGCUGCAGAGUUUAACAUUACCGGAGUGACGUACAGACUCACUCAAGGAGUUGUGAAGCGGAUCAUUCCUGCUGUGGCAUCAACUAACGCUGUUAUUGCUGCUGCCUGUGCAACUGAAGUUUUUAAAAUUGCAACAAGUGCAUAUAUUCCUUUGAAUAAUUACCUGGUCUUUAAUGACGUGGAUGGAUUAUACACCUACAGUUUUGAAGCCGAGCGAAAGGAAAAUUGUUCAGCAUGCAGCCAGGUGCCUCAGGAUCUCCAGUUCCCUCCAUCUGCUAAAUUACAGGAGGUUUUAGAGUACCUGACAGAGAACGCCUCUCUACAAAUGAAAUCCCCGGCUAUCACCACAACUCUGGAAGGAAAGAAUAAGACGCUGUACCUGCAGUCUGUGAAAUCCAUCGAGGAACGAACUCGGCCAAACCUCUGCAAAACUUUAAAAGAGCUGGGCUUGUCAGAUGGACAGGAACUAGCCGUGGCAGAUGUCACCACGCCCCAGACGGUGCUCUUCAAGCUCAAUUUCACCGUCUGAACAUUCAUUACACCACACAGCACUGAUGCGAAGGUCGACUGCUUCUGAAUGCAAACUGGAUGUUACAUCACAAGGUUUUUGUGACAGCACGGUGGUGUGCUCGAUAUAUUAAUGUAUAUUAACGAGGAAGGUCUCACUUUUGGGAUAGGAUGGUCACAUGACUUUGGAAUCGGUUGACGACAUUUUUUCUAUCAGUCUUGUUUACUCCUUUGUGUAUUUGUCUUGUGUCGUCUUACAAUGUAGCUCUUUUUCUGUCAGUCAAAUGAGAAUAAUGAUGUGCACUAAGCUGUAAUAAAGUUGUAUUAUCAUGGUUGUAGAGGAAGCUUAAAUUGCAAUUUUCACCAGAUUUUUUUGGAGCACAGGGCAGCUUUACUGUUCAUCUUCAAGGACUUUUAAGUGUAUUGAAAGCAACUACAUCACAUAAAAAUAGGAGAUGUUGGAAGACUGUUAGUAAGAUUAUAAUAUAAUGAUGUUUUAUGUGACAGUCUUAAAAUGAAACUGAACAAUUAAAAAUGUUUUAAUAUUUUGUGGAAUUCACUUGGUAAAUUUUAAAGGGUCAUGGGAUGAUGAAUG